GCAGACAACAUUGCACAACAGCUGCUUAGUGUUGCAGCAGAGUGGGGGGUGGACAAGAAAGUAGUGUGCUGCCUAACCGAUAAUGCGGCAAAUGUUACUAAGGCUAUACAAACCAUUGGAUGGAUGCACCUACCAUGCCUGGCCCAUACUAUUAACCUGGUGGUAAGAGAUGCCCUGCAAGCUUCAAAGCCCAUCAUUGAUAAGGUGAAAGAGGCAGUGGAAUACUUUCACAGAAGCACCAUGGGGGCACAAAAACUGAAGGAGACUCAACUACAAAUGAAGAUGGAGGAGCUCCGACCAAAACAGGAUUGUCCUACAAGGUGGAAUUCCACCUACUACAUGUUGAAAAGCUUUAUUGCCAGUAAAAAUGCUAUAAUCUCCACCCUGGCCGUCACCAAUGCACCUGUCCGCCACCUGUCCCAGGAGGAAUGGACCACAGUGCAAGAAAUGUGCACAAUCUUGCAACCAUUUGAGGAAGUCACUGUAGAACUCAGUGCAGAAAGCUACUUGACAGCCUCGAAGGUCAUAGUGCUGGCCAGGGGACUUCAAAGAGCCACAGCUGAUUUCCGGCGAAAAACUACAACAGCGGUAGCACAAGGUGUGAUCGACAGUCUGUGUGCAAGUAUGUCAUCGCGAUUCCACAGGAUUCAUGCCAACCACAUACUAGCAGAGGCUGCUGCACUUGACCCGCGUUUUAAGAGGAUGGCCUUCCCUGAUGGCAGAACAGCAGAUGAGACGUUUCAAAGGCUGUCAACUGCAGCAGCAAGAAUUAGCAGUGGCAAACCCAUCCAACAGCAACCAGCUGUGGAAGGACUGGAAGGAGCAGGCAGUGGUGCUGGAUCAAUAGUUUGGAGCUAUUUCCAUGAGGAAGUAAGGGUGGCAACAAUAAGUCACAUUUUUUUAGAUAUUUGAUAUCUCAGUCUAAAACUUCCAAUAGCUGUAAAUCACUGCAUUUAAUCUGUACAUCCUGCACAUACUGUACAUAUGCAAAUCUACUAUUGUCACUUCUAAUUAAAUGCUAAACUGCAUUUCAUUACUCUGUUCUCUUACACUGUGUAAUGACAAAAGUUGAAUAUAAUUUAAUGUACUCUAAUCACAUAAAAAUGGUAUCUCCCAUUGUUAUAUCUCCCACCCCUAUGAGCAGGUAGCUGGAACAGUGGAAGCCAGGAAUCCAACCGCUGAUGCUGUCAUGGAGGUGCAAGCCUACCUGGAGGAGCCUCUUCUUCCAACACAUGAGGAUCCCCUCAAGUGGUGGGAGAGUCGAGCCCCUGUUUACCCCAGGCUUAGCAAGCUGAUGGCCAAGAAGCUUUGUGUUGUGGCGACAUCAGUUCCCUCUGAGAGAAUAUUCUCGAAAACUGGACAGAUAAUCUCAGAGAGGAGAAGUCGCCUUAAGCCCAAAAAGGUCAGAGCUCUUGUCUUCCUUAAUGCAAAUUUGCCCAAAGACAAAAAAGAGAGGCAGAAAAAGCCAUAAAGUAAGGAACUGCUUUGUAUUUAUUUACAUUGCAUUUUGUGUUCAUUUAAAACUUGUUCUUUUAAAAACAUUAAAAAUGUUCUUUUGUGAUACUGUUCUUGUAUUGAAAUUUUUCACUAAAAGCUGUUUUCCACAGACAUUCAUUGCAGCCCACUUUGUUAUUGUUCAUUGACUUGAAGGGGCUGAUGUCCUAUUUGCAAAGUUUACAGUAGUAAUAGUAUGUAGUAUGUAGACAUUUCCAUUUUAUUUAUUCUAAUUUUAUCUACUUUAAAUAUUUUUUGUUUUCUAUCAAAAUGUUCUUGUGUGAUAAUGUUCUUGUGUGGAAGUGUUUGUAGUAAAAGCUGUUUUGCACAGAAAUUCAUUGCAGCCGGCUUUGUUUUUGAUGUUUAUUUGUGAGUAGGUAUUGUAUGAAUAACAUAAGUCAACGUAGCUUUACACACACACACUUUGUACUAAAGGUAAAUCCAAAAUAGUGAUGUCACUGUCUAAGCAGAGGGAUUUGUGCAACCCUAUGGAAUAUAGUCCACACAUGACAAAUGAGGUAAUAAUCAAUAUUUCAGAAUAAUUCAAACUCAGAUAUUGGUGUGUGAUAUCCGAGUUUUAAUUAUUUGACUACAAAUCUCACCUCAUCAUUCCUCCCAGUGAUUAUUUCCAGGAUAAACUGAGAUGCCCCCAAGCUGGCUUCUUAAAACUGACUAGAUAUUUAAAAAAAGCGAAAAGAGCCGUUCUUUUGAACGGCUCUUUGAAAGGAACGGAUCGCGAAGAUCCGGAUCCCCUCAAAGAGCCAUAAAUCCCAUCAC